AUUGUGAAGGACGUUAGACCUGGAGACGACGGUGUUUAUAGCUGCAGAGCGGAGAAUUUGCUGGGAGAAGUCAAUGCCUCGGCGAAAUUAAAUGUUCAGUUUCCUCCUCAACUUUUAUUUUCAUCGAAUGGAUUGAUGGCUGAAGAAAAACAAAACGUCACCAUCGCCUGCACUGCGACUGCUCAGCCGCUUCCCCGUAUCACGUGGUCGAAGUCAGUUGGUAGUUUGCCUGAAAACAGAACUGAAGUUUUGAAUGGAACCAUGACAAUACACAGUGUGACAAGAAAAGACGGUGGAACAUACAUUUGUAAGGCGGAGAAUAUUCUGGGAUCAGCAACAGACACGGCUCAACUCGUGAUAUUUCCUCCCCUGAAAUUCAAAGUUCGUCCUCCUCUUGAAGUGACGCCCUCUGCGUUUGGUUCAAGUGUUCAUCUACCAUGUGUGGCCGAGAGUGACCUGAGAACAACAAUCGCCUGGGCCAAGGAUGGUAAGUUUUCACUUCCUGUAGAGUCCAAUGUUCUACAGAAUGGAACACUGCUUAUAAGGAACAUCAAGAAAUCACACGAAGGAUCUUACACCUGUAGAGCGACUAAUGCUUUGACAACCAUAGAAGCUAAAGUCAAAGUCAAUUCUCCAGUUAUUACACCUUCCAGUUGCUCUUUAAUAAGAAAAUACGUCAGCAGUGCAAGCGGCAAUUACGCCAUUGACUCAGAUGCCGCGGGAGGCCUGACACCAUUUACAGUUUAUUGUGACAUGAGUGACAAGAAUGGAGUUGGCGUGACAGUUAUCAGUCACGACAGUGAGAGCAGAACGUACGUGAAUGGGAAUGGGUAUACCGGUCGUGGUAGUUACUCACGUGACAUUCAUUACACAGGAGCGAGUUUUUCAAAGCUGGCGAGUCUCACCAGAGUCUCAUCACACUGUGAGCAGUUUAUCAAGUAUGAGUGCUAUGGUUCAGUGAUGUUAACUAGUUACGGAGUAUAUGCCUGGUGGGUGUCACGCGAUUCUAGUCAGAUGACGUACUGGGGUGGAGCAUCACCUGGCAGUGGUAAGUGCGCAUGCGGGAUGACCAACUCAUGUGCAUACCCAAGUUAUGGUUGUAACUCCGAUGGUAAUCCAAGACCAAAAGUCACGUGGUCUAAGCUGAAUUCAUCGCUUCCUGUAGGUCGUCACGUGUUAGAGUCCAGUGGUGCUCUGAUUGUGAAGGACGUUAGACCUGGAGACGACGGUGUUUAUAGCUGCAUAGCUGAGAAUUUGCUGGGGCAAGUGAAUGCCUCGGCGAAACUAACUGUUCAGUUUCCUCCUCAUCUUUCAUUGUCAUCCAAUCGAUUGAUGGCUGAAGAAAACCAAAACGUUUCCAUCGCCUGCACUGUAACCGGUCGGCCUUUUCCGCAUAUCACGUGGUCCAAGUCAGUUGGUAGAUUACCUGAAGACAGAAAUGAAGUGAUAAAUGGAACCCUUAAAAUCUACAGUGUGACAAGAAAUGAAGGUGGAAUUUACAUUUGUAAGGCGGAGAAUAUUCUGGGAUCAGUAACAGACGGCGCUUUGCUUAUGAUAUUUUCUCCCCUGAAAUUCCAAGUUCGUCCUCCUCUUGAAGUGACUGCCUCUGCGUUUGGAUCAAGUGUUUAUCUACCGUGUGUGGCUGAGAGUGACCUGAGAACAACAAUCGCCUGGACGAAAGAUGACAAGUCUUCACUUCCUGUAGAGUCUAAUGUUCUACAGAAUGGGACACUGCUUAUAAGGAACUUCAAGAAAUCGCACGAGGGAUCUUACACCUGUAGAGCUACUAAUGCUCUGACAACAAUAGAAGCUAAAGUCAAAACAAAUUCUCCAGCUACUGCAACUUCCUGUUCUGUGAUAGGAAAACAUGUCAGUAGUGCAAGCGGAAAUUACGUCAUUGACCCAGAUGGCGCGGGAGGCCUGGCACCAUUUACAGUUUAUUGUGACAUGAGUGACAAGAAUGGAGUUGUUCGCACAAUUAAAAGGCCUGCUGAGUACUACUGGAUUAGCCAUGUCUCGGCAUGUCACAAAAUUUGCAAGUAUAUGUAG